AUGUUUCAGUUGAUCCGGUACGGUGCAAAAGUAGUCGCACUACGCACGAUUUGUCGUCGAACCGCACAGACGAUGGACAACUCGCUUUGCAUAUUGCAAGUCGAAGCGAACCAAGAACAAACCGACGUGAUCGCGUUCUCGCUGCCGACAUCUUGCGCUCUACCGAAGUGUGUAUCUGGAAGUCUUGAUGACAAACAAGCGUCCCCGUCAGCGGAAUGCACUCGCUCGCCCUCUGCUGCUGCGUUACCACUUCCGUCGCUAUCGCGCGACAGUGCCAACCGUCUGGACGACAGCUAUGACCUCCUCGCAAGUCAAUGGACUCAAAUGGUGACGGAGACACGACAAUUCUACGCGCAGAUUGCCAAGCUCCAGUCGUCGCUCGUGGGUCCCGACCCGAAUCCAUUUUGA